GAAAGAGAAAGGACAGAAAUCAGAAGGAUCCAUCUCAGAAUUAACAAAGAGAACAGCUGAACGAUCAUUCAUUCUUCUGCAGAGAGGUCUUCGCUGGUGGUUUCAAGCUUAGCAUCGUCCUGAAGAGCUACAAAACAUAACGUUCAUAAACAACAUUCAUAAAAGUCGACAAAGACGUGAUGCACACUCCAGCGUCCAUGCUGUUGGGGGUGGUGUUCGCUCCCUUGGGCCUUGUGCUGGUGUUUACUGCAGCGAUCACGCCGCAGUGGAGGGAGGGACAGGCGCGGUUGGGUGCGGCAGGGCGUGCCGGAGCAACGGAGCUCCUCCUACUUCGUUCGGACGGCCUAUGGGAGAGCUGCCUGCAGGUGGUGCACUCUGAAGUUAAAGAGUGCUGGCCCGUGUCGGGGUCCUACCAGCGGGAUGCUCGGGUUCGAAUGGUCCAGGGGAUGGUGCUGUCAUCUCUUUUCCUGUGCGGCGCAGGGAUUGUCCUCGCCAGCGUGGGUGUCCGCUGCUGGACUGAUAUCCCGCUUAGGAGCGUAGCGGCAGCUGGUGGCCUGUUGGUGGUGCUGGCGGGUGUGCUCAGUCUGGCUGCGUUAGGAGUGUACACUCAUAAUCUUUCAAAGCUGGGGAUCGAGGUGGAUUCAACCGUAUCAGAGACGCAAGGACUCAACGUACACAAGCCACCCCGACUAACGUUACACCCGGCCGGGUCGCUUUAUUUCGGGUGGGUGGGAGCUUGGGUACAGGUGCUGGGAGGGGCCGCGCUGCUUUUUGGGUUCAAAAGCAUGAAGUGUUCAUCCUGCCGUAAGCAGAGACUCAAAGACAGUGCAGAGAUGUAUGAGGUGAACUGUUAGAUGGAUGAAGGUGAAGGUGAAGGUGAAGAGACUUAUGGUGUUUAAACACACUGGCACAUGACUCAAUGUAGUGCAGCUGUAGUGUUUAUGAAUUGGACAAAAAAGACAUGGGAAAUGAUACAUGUGAUGUUUCUAAAGAGAACUAUAUAAAAAU